AUGAGCGAAAGGCCCAUGCCCUUGAUGAUGCGCAAGUUGCGCGCACAAGAGGCCUGCGCAUCUGACCAUUCUGCUGAGAACGACAAGUCUCCAGAACCCUUCCGACGGGCAUAUUGCUUCUUUUACGGGACGCUCAUGGACCCGGAUACGCUCUCUCGAGUCCUUAAAUUGCCAAAGACACAAACCCCUCCCGUCAUGCGUCGUGCGAGAGUCGUAGGUUACGAAGUCAAGCUUUGGGGCCCCUACCCUGCCCUUCGUGACAAGCCACUCAAUCCAGUAAACGGCAUGGCUUAUGAAGUCUUGUCGCAGACACAGUUUGAUCAGCUCGCAGCCUAUGAGACGGGAAAAUACUGCUCAAGCCUUUGUUUUAUCGAUCUUCUGAAUGAUGACGACACCGUCAGAGAGACAAUAGCAGGGUUCACUUUCUUAUGGAACGGAGAACAAGACGAAUUACGGGAAGGUACAUUCGAUCUGAAAGAAUGGAAGAAGGAAAAACAAUUGCGAGAUUUGUAUCAAUCAUUGGGAUGA